AUGGUUAUCGACAGCGACAUAGAUGAUACACUUUGCAUCGGCAAAUCUCGGGCCGUGUGCAAGAAAAAUGUAGCAGUCACGAGAAAAACUCUUAUAGGGUGGGGUGCGCACUGCAACGGAGAAAAUACUCACGGAUUUUGGUCUCAGGAGGAGAAGAGGUUACAUAUAAACCAGCUGGAGAUUAUAGCAGCGUUUUUGGCGCUUAAGUGCUUUGCUAGGGAAGUCCAAAAUUGCGAAAUCUUACUUAGAAUUGACAAUACCACGGCGAUUUCGUAUAUCAAUCGUAUGGGGGGUGUACAAUACGUAGAACUUAAUCAAGGGCUAAACAUAUUUGGACUUGACGCAGUCAGGGAAUCUAGAAGAGUCAAUGUAGAUACUGAAUGGGAGUUAGGAGCCCCCUUCUUUCAGACCAUAGUAGAUAGGUGGGGGUUUCCAGAAAUAGACUUGUUCGCAUCAGGGAGUAGUGCUAAGACCGAGGUGUUCUGCUCCUGGAAACGAGACCCAGAAGCUCGUUACAUUGACGCUUUUACAGUUAAUUGGAAUAAGGCUCAGGGAAUAGUGGUGGUCCCUCACUGGCCUACCCAGCCUUGGUUUCCCUUAUUUAAAUCAAUGCUAUUAGGAGAACCGUUGUAUUUUUCGCCAUCACCUAAGCUUCGGUUAUCUCCUUGCAGGGAGGCUCUCCGGCGAUCGUAUCAACAGAAACUAGUGCCAGCAGAAGCUGUAGAGAUUCUAAUCUCUUCACUAACGGAUUCUACUCUGAAACAAUACAACACAGCCCUUAAAAACUGGUGGAGUUACUCCCAGAGAGUCUUUAAAAACAGACCACCGAAGCCUAAAUAUGACACCACCUGGAACACAAAGGCAGUUCAAAACUGGGCAGAAGCACUGGGACCGCUGAAAGUCCUGGACCUAAAAUCUCUCACCUUUAAGUUGGUAUCUUUACUAGCCUUAGCUACAGCCCAUAGGGUUCAGACAUUGUCCCUAAUCAAAAUAAGUGACAGGACAGUUUCGAAGAGCAAGAGCGGAAGGGGCGCUUGCGUCGCCACGGUGUUGUUGAAAUACGUAAAAAGAACCAAAGUUCUAGGCGGGAAUGAAGACUACCUGUUUAUUACAUUUAAGAGGCCCUACCAUAGGGCAACUGCGCAAUCAAUAAGCCGCUGGAUAAGGUACUGUCUCGUGGAAGCCGGAAUACAUCCCAGAUACACUGCUCACAGCACGAGACACGCAGCCACGUCUGCUGCAGAGGCGAGAGGUUUAGACGUAAACAUCAAAAAGAGUACAGCUGGAUGGUCAGCCAGCUCACAGGUGUUCGCAAAGUUCUACAAACGCCCGAUAGAACCAAGAAAAGAAUCGUUUGUAGAGGUGUUAUUCAAUCAGCAGGCUUACGCUUGGGAAGUAAAAAUCUGGCUAGUGAUCCAAGGCUUUUUGUACGACUGUUUCACAGUGACGAGGUUGAUGUGGUCCGACUACGUUUUGAAGAGUAUUUUUGAAGACGUUCCAAUUAUCGACAACCGAUGGGUCUGA